GUCUAGAACCAACCAACCCAACGCCUCAAACUCCACCUCCGCUGACACGAUGAGACAAGAACGCAGCUGUUAUUUAUUGUCGCUCAUCCUCUCUGCACGGACAGAAGCUGCAGCAGUCGACAGACGUCCACAUCACUGUCUCAUCAUCCUCAGAUAGAUAAACACAGACGAGAGGAAAUGUUUAGCGGCUGCUCUGACACCCACCCGUCAGGCUUUGACCUGACCAUGGGGUUGGCUGGGGGUGAGGAGGGGUGCCACGGGCCUGGAGAUGUGGACAAACAUCAUGGAGGAGACCAGCGUAUAGACGGCCUUGAUGGUUCUCAUGGUGGAGGAGGCGGCUGUGGUGAUCCUCAUGGAGGAGACCAGAGAAGAGACGGCCAUGAUGGUUCUCAUGGCGGAGGCGGAGGCUAUGUUGAUCCUCAUGGUGGAGACCAGAGAAGAGACGGCCAUGAUGGUUCUCAUGGCGGAGGCGGAGGCUAUGUUGAUCCUCAUGGUGGAAGAGGCGGCCAUGAUGAACCUCAUGGUGGAAGAGGCGGCCAUGAUGAACCUCAUGGUGGAGGAGGCGGCCAUGAUAAUUAUCAGGGUGGAGGAGGUGGCUGUGGUGAUCCUCAUGGAGGAGACCAGAGAAAAGACGGCCAUGAUGGUUCUCAUGGCGGAGGCGCGGCUAUGUUGA